AUGCUGGCCUCACGAAGUGCUUCCUCUUCUGUCCGCGCCAUCUCCAAACGCCUCUCCACAGCCGCCUCCUCCUCCUCGACAUCCACCACCACCCUCCUCCGCACCACCGCCUCUUCCCUCCAACAUGUCCGCGGCCUAGCCACCCCGGCAGCAGACCCGGCUCCAGCCCCAAAACGUACCCAAUUCGGCGGUCUAAAAGAUCAAGACCGUAUCUUCCAAAACCUCUACGGCCACCACGGCGCCGAUCUCAAAUCCGCGCAGAAGUACGGCGACUGGUACAAAACCAAAGAAAUAAUCCUCAAGGGACACGAUUGGAUCAUCAAUGAAAUCAAAGCCUCAGGACUCCGAGGCCGUGGUGGUGCUGGUUUCCCAUCUGGCAUGAAAUGGUCCUUUAUGAAUUUCCCGGGAUGGGAUAAAGAUACCCGGCCGAGAUAUUUGGUCGUCAAUGCCGACGAAGGUGAACCUGGGACUUGUAAGGAUCGUGAGAUCAUGAGGAAAGAUCCUCAUAAACUCAUCGAAGGGUGUUUGGUCGCCGGAAGGGCUAUGAAUGCUACUGCUGCGUAUAUUUAUAUUCGUGGGGAGUUUUAUCAUGAGGCUACUUGUGUGCAGAGGGCGAUUCAAGAGGCCUAUGCUGCUGGAUUGAUCGGGAAGAACGCAUGUGGCAGCGGAUAUGACUUCGAUGUCUACGUGCACCGAGGAAUGGGAGCAUACAUCUGUGGUGAAGAAACCUCGCUCAUUGAAUCCCUUGAAGGCAAGCCAGGAAAACCGCGUUUAAAGCCACCAUUCCCGGCUUCGGUCGGUCUCUUCGGUUGUCCAUCCACUGUCGCUAAUGUUGAAACCGUUGCUGUUGCGCCAACAAUCUGUCGUCGUGGCGGGAAGUGGUUUGAUAGCUUCGGCCGUGAUCGGAAUUCUGGUACCAAGCUAUUCUGUAUCUCCGGAAAUGUCAACAACCCUUGCACCGUCGAGGAAGAAAUGUCAAUCCCGCUCAAGGAGUUGAUUGAGAAGCACUGCGGUGGUGUUCGUGGCGGAUGGGAUAAUCUGCUUGCUGUCAUCCCCGGUGGUUCCUCGACCCCGAUUCUACCAAAGCAUAUCUGCGACGAUGUGCUUAUGGACUUUGAUGCUUUGAAGGACGCACAGAGUGGAUUGGGAACCGCAGCAGUUAUUGUGCUUGAUAAGAGUGCGGAUGUGGUCAGAUCUAUUGCUCGAUUGUCGGUCUUUUACAGACAUGAGAGUUGUGGACAGUGCACACCUUGCAGAGAAGGUAGCAAGUGGACACAGCAGAUUAUGGAGCGGUUUGAGAGGGGACAGGGAAGUGUUAGGGAGAUUGAUAUGUUGCAGGAGUUGACGAAGCAGGUUGAGGGACAUUCUAUUUGUGCUUUGGGAGAGGCUUUCGCCUGGCCGAUUCAAGGGUUAAUAAGACACUUUAGACCAGAACUUGAGGCACGGAUGCAGAAGUAUGCUGAAUUACAGGGCGGUGCUGCCAGAGCUGGUGGAUGGGAUCAUGAUUCUGCGCUGAAGGGUACAUUCUCUACACCCGGACCUUGA